AAACUGCGGGUGAGGGUUGAAGGGUCGUGUUUUCAUGUUCACAGUAAACAUGGCGGAGACUGAGCAGUCGUCAGGCUCUUCCCAUGAGGAUGACAAGCCUCCCAAUCCUGUCGAUUUCAGCUUCAUGGUGCCAAAGAAGGAGAUCAGCAUGGUGCCUGAUAUGGGCAAAUGGAAAAGGUCACAGGCAUAUGCUGACUACAUAGGAUUCAUUCUGACCCUGAAUGAGGGUGUGAAGGGAAAGAAACUUACAUGUGAAUACCAGGUGUCUGAGACAGUGGAGAAGUUGCUUGCUAUGUUGGGAACAUUAGAUCGCUGGAUCGAUGAGACGCCACCAGUAGACCAGCCUUCUCGCUUCGGCAAUAAAGCUUACCGCACAUGGUAUGCUAAACUAGACCAGGAAGCAGAGGCUCUGGUCACAGCCAUUCUGCCAUCAGAGCGUCAUGAUGCUGCUCCAGAGAUAGCAGUCUACCUGAAAGAGUCUGUGGGCAACUCCACCAGGAUUGACUACGGCACAGGUCAUGAGGCGGCAUUUGCUGCGUUCCUCUGCUGUCUUUGUAAGGUGGGAGCUCUGCGCAUGGAGGACCAGUUGGCCAUCAUAUUUAAAGUUUUUGACAAGUAUCUGCAAGUGAUGCGCAAACUGCAGAAGACGUAUAGGAUGGAGCCGGCAGGGAGUCAGGGUGUGUGGGGUCUUGACGACUUUCAGUUCCUUCCCUUUAUAUGGGGGAGCUCACAGCUUAUAGACCACCCAACCCUGGAGCCCAGACACUUUGUGGAGGAGAAGGUUGUAAACGAAUACCACCAAGACUACAUGUUUCUGGAGUGCAUUAAAUUCAUCAAUGAGAUGAAAACAGGCCCUUUUGCUGAACACUCGAAUCAGCUUUGGAACAUCAGCGCUGUUCCUUCUUGGUCCAAAGUCAAUCAAGGUCUCAUACGAAUGUAUAAAGCAGAAUGUCUAGAAAAAUUUCCCGUCAUCCAGCAUUUCAAGUUUGGCAGCCUGCUCUCCAUCCAGCCAGUCAAACCAUGAGAGACAAGAAAAAGAAUUUGCACCUCAUCAGAGAGCACAACCAAAACUCCAAAAUUGGACAAAACCGCUUCAGUCCCAGUUAACAAACCUAAAUAUGCAUUCUCAUCACCAGAGGUGCUUGGUCUUACUCCUGGAGAGUUCAGUCCCAAACCUGCUCUAAUACAUCCAACCCUAAAAUAUUUAAGUAAACCUGAAGACCUAGAUUAUCAGGUUCAGGGGUAUUUGAGUUGAGCUGAACUAAACUCUGCAGGACGGUAGAUAUAAACAGCCCUGCUCUUCACAAUCUACUAGCUGUGCAUAUGAAAUCCCACUUCUGAUAUUCCUCUUAAGUGACGCAAUUAGUCUGUAUGGUUUUAUUUAUCUAUUCCCUGCAAGCAGGAAGUUGAACUGCUACUUAGACACCUGCAGUGAGCAUUCUCAAUGCAGUUAUGCACAUACAUUUUCAUCUGGAUUGGCAUUUAUAUAUAUUUAUGUGUAUAUAAAGAAAGAUGAAUGGUUGAAGGCUUGGUUUUGGUUUAAUGGAUUCUAUUUCCUGUGUGCAAAGAUCUGAAGCCAAUGAACAGUGUGUGUGUGUGUGUGUGUGUGUGU